AUGUCGCGUGGUCGCCACGCCGACGAUAUCCUGAACAUUAAUGUCGGGGGAAAGAAGUACACAGUCCGACGUACAGAUAUGCUGGCCGAUCCUCGGUCAAAACUCGCUGAAUGGUUUAAACCAGGCACUGUGAAGCCAAUAGCAACAGACAAGGGAGGCAACUACUAUUUGGACAGAGACGCUAAAACGUUCCGUCACAUUUUGGCUUAUCUUCGUCUAAAAAAGGAGAAAUUUGUGCCAUCUCUUGCGUUACCGAGUAAACCGGAUGAUUUAGCCAAAUUGGUUGGUGAAUGUGAAGCGCUGAAUUUGGCUGAACUAAAAGAUCUUGCUCUGGACCUACUCCAAAAAUAUCAACGUACUGAAGAGCAACACUAUGUCACGUCAUUUGUACAGGUUACACUACGAGACUUUGAAAGUUGGCAGUUCGAAAGGGAACAGAACCAAAUUGCUUUGAAGAAGAAACCAUCAAACGACGAGGAAUACCAGCCAAACUCAGCAUACGAUGAAUGGGAUAAUCUUUGA